GCCAACGCCACAGGCUUUCUAAGUGUGAAAAGAGGAUCCGCAGCAAAAGGGAACGUCCUAAUCUGGGAGCCCAGGGGCCUCCCCUUCUCCUUUGUGGGCUGAAGUGGCUGUUUUGGCUCCUCUCCAGUUCCCAGCACCGACCUCACCAGCAACAGCUCCAGUUCUUUAGAAUUCUCUGUCCCUAUUCAGGAAUCACAACUUGUAAAGAACGGAGCCCAGCAGCUCUGUUGCUUCUCCCUUCCCACGUUGCUGCUGCAAUUACUGCGCUAUAGUUUUUUAUAUCCUUUUAGGGCACCACUUGCCACCCGGGCGGGAAGGUGGUCUUCUUCCCCAAACCCACCAUCACCCUGCCUGAAGAAGAAGAACUCUGCGCUUCUCAAAAGUUUCCCUUCUCUUCCAUCAGCAGGAGCUAGCCAGCACUUUUUGCAAUUUUUGCUGGAUGUGAUUUUCCUCGGACAUGGGCUUUCUCACAGCACUUCCCCUGGGAUCAAAACCCUGCUGCUAUCUUGGGUGCUAAAGGGUGCUGGCUGGGAGAGACAGAACUUGCUUCCUUAAAUUGUAUCUUCGUCUUUUGUCGCAUCUUGUUCCUCCCUUUGGAUGAAAGGCAGGCAAAGCAACUUCGCAGUUCACUUUGCCCUUUGCAAAGGCUCUUCUCCCCAUCUAUAACCCCCCUCAAUUUCUUUCGCCUGGGAGACAAUGAAGCUUUUCAAGCUGAGCUUGAGUUGGACUUUCUUCCUUCCUUGGCUGCAGGUGCCGGGAGGUGAUGGCUUCCUCAUCAGGAACGCCCGUUUGCAAAAGUGCGUCCACGCCUCGUCCCACGAAAUCGGAAGGGUUGGUCUGGCCGACUGCAAGCCCCAGUCUGCGCAAUAUCACUGGACCUGGGAUGCCGCCACCCGGGCCAUAGUCCACUGGAAGACCGGGCUGUGCCUGACGGUCCCCAAAGCCCAGGAAUUUGCGCCCGCUCAGCUGGAGUCCUGCGGAGGAGACAGGGCGCGCCAAGCCUGGGUUUGCAGCAGGAAAGGCCACCUCACUUUGCAAGGCCUGGGGCUUCACCUCAGCACCAAGCAGGAGGGACACAAGGCCUUCCUGGCCCGAGAGAAGGACAAGUUCAGCAGGUGGAAGACGGAGACGGAGGAGAUUGUCUGCGCUGCAGACCUGGCAGCAGCCCCUGUGCUCAGCAUCCCAGUGGAGGAAUUUGUAGACCCCCAGGUGUGGGUCCCUGAAGAUAAAACUACUGCGUUGUCAGAGAUCGGCACCUCCUUUAUAGACACCAGACCCACGUCUCCAGCCAUCGUUGAGGAACCUAAUAUCACCAGCAAUCUUCCAAAGAACGAAGAUGUCAUCCUGGAAGCAGAUGACGAAAGGCACAUGCCUCAUAAGAAACAUCAGAGGAAGGGUGCAGCUCCCCGAUCUACAGGGACCAACUGGAAGACGGUCAUACUUGUCCUGAGCCCGCUGGCCUUUAUCCUGGGAGUGACAAUCCUCAUUCUCAAUAUCCGGUACAACAGGAAGAAGCGGAAGCAGAAGCUGUCUCCUCUGAAGACCUGCCGCGUGGUUCACGAGGAGCGGCCACCCUUACCUAGGGCACCUAGCCCCAACCCCAAGGGGCAGAUCAUCCCAGCGUCCCCCACUCCUUCGCUGAAGCAUGGCGAAAUCUUGAUCGAAUGGAAAGAUGGGACCGUCACACCGCUCUUCGACAACAUGAACUAUCAAAUAUGCUGAACGUGACGGGCGCUGACUGAAAGCAAGCGUUUCUGGCAGGGCUUGUUUGACUAACAGUCCUGAUAAAAAAGCAGGUCACCUCGAGAUAAUUUCCUUAACAAUCACAUCUGCACUGCACAGCUACGCAGCUAGGCACAGAGCUUUGCUUUGUCUCAAAAUGUACAGCCGGGGUUGCCUGCAUUAAGAAACGGCCGAGGGGCUAGGCUAGGCUGCUGCUCUGAGAUGGUACGGUCCUCACACAGGGGAUGUAUUUGCAUGAAAUCUAAUUCUGGAUCAGGCAGGUUAGUUAUCAAGCAUAUCUGGCACCCCCAUGUGGCUGGCAGGUAUGUCAAGAUGGCAUCUUCCCAUCUCAUGCUACUGUGGUACAUUCCUCCCACUAGAACCAGUCAACCUCAGAAAUGCAAGUAUGAAAUCGGCCUCUGAAAGGACCACCUCAAUGGAGAUUGUUUGCGUCACACUUCAGGUCCUUGUGCUUCUUACUGUCUGACUGCAAAGGGCUUUUUCCAGUCCUCACUGGGUGUGGCGUACCUGAGACAACAGCGGAGAGAAGGGUUGGGAUACCUGUGCCCAUGUCGGACCUAAAAGAGAAGGACAGCAGCAACAAACAAGAACCAGCUUUUUGUGCAAGGUCACCUUGGGGCAAUCUUUGCUCACCCCAGGCGAGCAGCUUGUUUGCAAGCAGCGAAGGAGCAUUAGAAUGCAGCUGUAUAUAGAACUUUGCAUUCAGCUAACACGGCCCUUUCUGGGAGGCUAACAAACACGGUCUCCUUGGCUAUGGCUUAGCUUCUAAUAAGGACAUACCAGACAUUACAGAAUGAUGCAGGGAUGUUAGUUCCUUGUCUGGAAGGUUUUCACUCUCCAGGUCUUCUCUAACCCAGUGCCUUCCUGAUGCUUAGGGCCACACCUCCCAUUAUCACUCACUAUUGGCCACGGCUGCUGGGAGAUAGUGCCCCAAACCUAUGGGAGGGCACCAAGUUGGAGAAGGCUGCUCAGGAAAAAAGAGGUUUGAGGGAAAGCUGAGUGAUGAGCAGCCCCUUGGGCAAGAGGAUGCACAAGGGAGAGUGAGCUGUUCUUAAGGACUCUGUAGCUUGCUUUACUCAUGUCUGGUUUUCAAAGGCAAGCUGUGGCUCCCGAAAGCAGUGUGCAGUAUUAAAACCAUAGUGAUACAAUGACAUCCUUAAAAAGAAAAAAAAAAGCAAUUGAAUUCUACCGUGCAUGACACGCAUUCCUAGUCACUCUCGGCAGAUAUUAACUGGAGCAUGCUGCUGCUCCCAGCUCGAUUGUUCUGAAUGUCACUAACACCAGCCCGGUACCCUCUGCCUUCAUUCAAGCGGCUUGUUUUAAACCAGGCUCAAAAUAAAGGACUAAACCUGAA